GUGCUUUCUUUCACUCACUCCGGGAGAAGAUGUUAUCCCGCAACUUGCAGACUACUUCCCGGCCACCAUAAAGACCAAUUUUACCCGUUGCAUUUCCCCCCCAUUGUGAUGCUGCCAUGUCCAGCAGUCGGUUUAGACCGGGGUCUGGGGGUCGUGAGUCAUCACGCCAGCUGCCCCAACCGCUGCAGGGGGGGCUGCACGGUCAAGUGGUGGAGGCAAGCUUUUCCUCCAGGUCUCAUCAGCCUGACACUGGCCAGCUGGCUCAGCAAGAGGUGGCCAGAGACACCAGACAGUUCUACCAAAGUGGCUUGCCUGCAGACAAAGUGUCAGCACUCCAGGAGGUUCGCCCCGAGUGGAAUGAGCCCCAGUUGGGACAGUACAGGCAGCAAGACAAGCGAGAAUUUCUUUCCCAUGCCAGAGCUUCCACUUCCUCACAGUCUGCGGCGCAGGACACCCCAUCAGGUUUGGAUGGCCAGUCUCUGUACUGCAGUGAAGUUCUUCCCAGCGCGUCCCCGCCUACUCAGUCCGGCAAAGGGGAGGAGGGCGCGGCCGGUCGGCGCGGUGUUCUCGCUGUCAAUGGCGGUUCGGCCACCCAGAAAGUGCAAUACACCAUCAUCAUCACAGACCCUCAGCUGCAGCAGAACGGAGAACGAAGAAACAGCGUCAACAAUACCUCUGGUGCUUCUAACAUCCUAUUGACUACUUUAGUGCAACAGCAGCAACAGAAAUUGCAACAGCAGCAGUUGCAACAACAACAACAACAACAACAACAACAGCAGCAGCAGCAGCAGCAGCAGCAAGCUCUAACUCAGGCUAACCGUGUAGAUAACCUUGUGGAGAACCCGCUCCCUGUGGCUGCGUCUGUGUCCGGGAACAUCUUCCUCACGAACUUCUCUGCUGGUCCCGUCAAUGGCAGCAACAGACUGGGCAGUGUGCUGAUUGGCAAGCAACCCUUCUCCUCGGCCGCCGCUGACACAGACACCUCUGCCUGUGGUAGCGCCAGCUCAGCUGCCUCGGCCACACACUCUGCUGAUGUAAAUAGUUCUAAUAAACCUGUGGACAGAAAACACUUGACCGCUAACCAUCUCAAUCUUCUUGCAAACAGUAAGCUGCCUUCCGCUAUAUUAGACAGUGAGGGUAAUUUAGUGAUUUUAAACUAUGCGGAUAAACACGUGACUGGCAACGGAUUGGGAUUAACCGAGCUAAACCAGGUCUCGUUGACUGGUGCUAAACUUGUCCACCCGGCAGCUGGCUCUUCUCAGGACUUGAACCCUCACUUUGUGCAUGGUGUGAUUGCUGACGGGCAGCAUCACCAGCAUGUGCUGAGGGCAGACGCUCAGGGAAACUCUGUGGGAGUGCUGGUAGCCACGUCAGCCAGUUCUCAGGUCAACCAGCACCAGACUUUUCAAACGGGUAUUGUGAACGUGGACUUGAAGCAGGACUCUGUCCAGUACAAUGGGCAGUCUGUACCGGAGACAGAGCAGUGUGAAAGUGUGAGUACUGUCCGUCGAACCAGUUCCUCCAGCAGUACCCAGUCUUUGCCGUCAGGGGAGCCGCUCGCGGACGCCGCCUCGCCCCCGGACAGGCCUUCAGGGGGCAUGCACAGUGGACGGCCGGGAAUAGGCGCAGGUCAACCCCACAGCACUCACACGCAGCAGCAGCAGCAGCAGCGGCAGCACAGCCCACUCAAUAGCAGCAGCAACCUCUCGUCUGCAGUCUCGGCAGCAGCAGCAGCAGCUACAUCGAACCCAACGGUCAUGCUGUCGGCCGGCCAGCCUGCCGUGCCGUCGGGUCUGUUUCGCACAGGAGCAGACAACCCUUCGGCCCCGUCUCACCGGCUGAGUGGUGGCGGGGCAGGUGGCUCAAGUUACGUCCCCGCUCAGUAUUCCACCAUCUACGGCGUGCACGGCCAGAGCCCGGGGCCGGCGGCGCUGAGCGGAGGCCUGCAGCCCUACAACGCCUUCUUCCCGCAGUUCGCUGGCUCGGCUGGAGCCUCGGGACACGGCUUCACUCACAACCCGCUGUUAGCAGCCUCGUCUCCGGGCGCGCACUACCAACAGUUUGAGUCCUACUCUGCCAUGCUGGCCUCUAUGGGCAGCCAUGUGCAGCACCGCGGCGCGCAGGGAGGGGACGUACGAGCACCGAGAGUUCCAGUGGCCGGCGUGCCAGCACGUCCCGGUACCUUCCUGUCGCAGGGCGCGGCGGGCGCUCACCCCCUGGCCGGGCCGGGCGGACAGUACCCGAGUAUCUCGUCCGCCACCUCUUCCUCCUCCGCCUCACACCGUCGUCUUUCAGGCAGCAGCUCUCCCAGUCCGGGCCCCGCCGCCGCCGCCAGCAACCCAGCAGCCUCGGGUUUGACCUCGCGACUUGACCCUGUGACCUCGAGGCUUGACCCCGUGGCCUCACGUCUUGACCCCGUCUCCUCUCACCACUUGGAGAAGCUCGCCGCUCUCAAAGGCGCGGGUCACGACAGGAGAUUGGACCUGGACAGCUCGAGAGAUCUGCGGCUCUACGGGGCGCCCUCUGCUGGUGAGGCGGCUGCAAUCUUAGAUGAGAAGCACCAACUGUCCCCAUCCGGUUCCUACUCAGCCAGCGGCCACGUGCCCAAAGUCUCUUUCGACUCUGUUGUGAAGGAGUAUGGUGGAGGCCGCGACUCGCCCACAGGCCGAGGGGACCCGAGAGACACUUACUUCCGAUCGCACCUGAGUGGCAAAGAGGGCAGCCUCAAGCACCGCAUCCUCAUCAGGCCCGACUCAGAGGACGACUCGGCCAAAGUGAGCGGCGUGCACGGUCUCAAGGAAGAGCCGGCCACCAAACGCUUGAAGUUCUCCAGCGUGAGCGCAGCGCCUCUGUCCGGCUACGCCUCAGGCGGCCACCACGAGGAGGCUCACAAAGGGGAAAGACGACACCACUCCAUCGGACACCCAGCACACCUGUCUGGGACCAACAACUCAUCAGCAAGUGGUGGUGCGCCAGCGGACACGCGGCCUGCUCAUCUUUCUGACAGCAGCAACAACACGCUGACUACCGCGCACCACACGACAGCAUCCUCAAUGCCCUCCUCUGCCCCUUCUUCCUCUUCAUCCUCCUCCUCUCACCACUACCACCAACACCAUCUUCCUCCUCACCAUCAUCAUCUGUCACCCGGUGAGGAGAGCGGCGGUGAUGAUAACGUCUACAGCAAGUCGUCGUACAGCCCGACUACAGCCUCCUCCUCUCCCCCCGUCUCGGGCCCCUCCGCCGGCCCUCCCCCUUCAGCCACCACAGCGGCCGGCGGGGGCUCCCACCUGCAGUACCCAGUACAUUUCAUGAAGGGCUCCAUCAUCCAGCUGGCCAACGGCUCUCUGAAGCGUGUGGAAGAGCUGCAGACCGAUGACUUUGUGAACAGCGCCGAGAUCUCGGCAGACCUCAAGGUGGACUCUAGUACGGUGGAGCGGAUCGAGGAGCACCCGGACCGCGGCACGGCCAUGCUCAGUUUCUCCGUGGGCGAGCACAGGGUCCAGGUGACAGUGGAAGCAACCCUUGAGCAUCCCUUCUUUGUGUUUAGUCGUGGCUGGUCCUCUUGCUCUGUGUCCAGGACCCUAGCACGCUACGGCCUAGAUUGCCAGAAACUGUCUGUCGGGGACGUCUGCAUCUCUCUCACACAGAAGGAUGUGGAUCUAAAAGCUGCAGAGAUCAGCCAACAGCAGCAGCAGCAUGAGCAUCAGCACAGUGGCUCCCCCAGCUCUCCUGAGCAGCACAACAGCAGAUUGCCGGCCCCGUCCACAUUCUCUCACCAUAUUCCUACGCCGCCUGUUUCCUUUUCAAGUCCGUCUUCGUCGGCGGUGUUGGCAUCUUCCAGUUCGCCGAUAGGUCCUGGGUCUAUGAAGACAGAAAACCCGGAAUGUUCCUCCCCGUUCCCCGGCCCGUCGCCGGUGUCCUCACCGUCAACUUCAGCUCCGGCAAUAAAGAGAAGAGCCUCUCAAGCAGAGCUUCCUCCUCCUCUGUCCAACAUUGUUCCUGUGAAGAAAGAGAACAAUCACUCCCGGCGGAGGGGCUCGUACAAUGGGGACAGCCAUGUCAAGGAGGAGGAUGUUGUCAAGGAGGAGGAGGAAGAGGACUCGAACUCAGUGCUGCAGAAAAGACACUGGUCGCCCUCAGACACAGCCUCGAUAAAAGCGGAACAAGACAGGGAGAGACAACUGCGGGCAAAGGAGACACAUAAGGCAGAUGAAACCAAGAGUGACAACGGGCGACAGUAGUUGGGACUCAAACUGACACUCACACACACCCUCACUCUCCCCAAAUCCCCCCUCCCUCCACCCAAUUCCCCCCUCCCUCAAUUCUUACCUUUCUGACUGCUGUCCACCCUCCAGCUGUGUUGACAGUGGCAUGCGAGAACUGUGUGCGGCAAGAAUAAACUGUGAGUGGACGUACAACUCAGAUGAUAUAGGAACUGCUGUGAGCAAACAGUGAGGCUGAUGCCACUACACUUCCGCAUUUGAUUCCACCUCUGCUGUGACCGAUGAUGUACUGAAUGUAGUUGCCCUUUAUCCCAAACCUCUUUGGCUUGACAUUAGAAAUUUUCAGAUUCAGAUAUUGUCGUUGUAUGCAUCAGAUGAAUUGUACGUUUCCAAUGUAUAUCCCCUCCCCAUUGUCAUGAUGGUGUUGUUGACAUGAAACUGUUGAUUGUGAUGAAUGGUCAAGAAUGCUGACCUUUGAUGGGGUACACAAUUGCCUCUCUCACCCCACCUGAGCAUCUUUCUAGAGAAACUUUGGUGAUAAUAAAUGUAUUAUUUUUUGCUGGUGUUAAACAAUUUUUUAUCUUAUCUGAUCUGGGGUAUGUGGUAGGUUUUUUUUUUCUUUUCAGGUUUGGAGGGACUGCAAAUAAACGCUAAAGAUUUUAAUUAAUUUUUUUUGUUUGGUCAGGCUUUAUAAAUCUGCUGAUGUUCUUUUCAUUCCACACUGUCUUUUAAAACAAGACAUAAUCCUGCAGUCUGAUUAAUGUAAUCAGUUAAGUUAAUGGAAAAUAUUUUUAUUCUGUACCACUUGAAGAGAAAAGGAUUGUAAAAAAAAAUAAAAAUGAUUGGAUUUUUUAUUUUACAGUCCUUUGUAAUUGUAUUUCAUUUCCUUAACUGUCUGUACAAGUGUUCCCUUAUAUCAAAAGCUUGAGACUGCAAUUUGCUUGUUUGUGUUGUGAGAACACUGAGAACACAAACUGAUAAAGACUUUAAUUGGAAAAUAUAAUUUCCAUUUCAUGUGUAGUACAGAUAACGUCAAGAUGUUUUGGAACCUAUCGUCUUUAUUAAUAACUGGAUCUUACUGUCCACAAGUAAAGAAGGUUAAGUGUACAUGUUUUACACAUUCAAGUUUUUGGGGGGGGGUUUCGUAAAGAUGUAAACAGGCAGUUUUUAAUCAAGUCUUCUCUAUUUUCUGUACUAAAGCCAUAAAAUGAGUUCAUGUGUGUCUGGCCUGGACAUUUAUCUGCUGGAUGAUUUUUAUAUUGCAAAACUGCUUUUGAAUACUGUACUCAGUUGCUUUUUCAUUCCUAUUAUGUAGUAACUGGAUGCUUAGUGCAUUUUAUCUCAUGGCACAGAAUUCUAAGGGAGCAACCAUUCCUCAGGCACACAGAAAGCACUAAAUAUAGAGUACUCAUUCGUUAAGAGCAGCUUUUUAUUUUGAUUACUAACUUCAAGUUUUAAGGACCUGUGUGAUGCCUUCAUGAAUCUCGCAUUAUUCUUAUAAUACCGCCAUUGUAAAAGUGAUGCCUAUUGGAAUUGUUUUUGUAACUUGUGUGUCAAAAUUCACAUUGGGUUUUUUUUUAUUAUUAUAAAGGCCAAUCUAUAAUGACAAUGUGGUCUUACAGUACAAGACUGGUGUGAAAUCAGUGGAGAAAUAUAAGGUAUCUCCCAAGAAUGACAAAUAUGUUACAAUAUUUUAAUUUAUCAUUAGAUUUUUUUCUUUCUUUGCCCCAGUAAUUGCUGUCAAGAGAGAAGAUGGAAAAUGGAUGGGAACAUGUGUUCGUGACAUGUUAUAAGCUUUAGGGAACUGAAAAGUUGAUGAGUAUUUCUAUACUUAGUGAGUAAGGUACUUUUCCUAUUCUCCGACCCCUGUGCUUUCAGUAUUGGCCUUUUUGUGAGAAAAUACAGAGCAUUAAGCACUCAGGUCUUCUCUAUAGCUUGUUCACUUUCGUCUGAGAGCGUUAAGAAAUUCUUGCUCGUUGAGGAAUUUUCCUAUGCCUACGAAACUUUGUGUGGCAUUUCUGCAGGCCAGUGACCAAACAAAAAUAUGUUUUUGACCCUGUAAUAAAAAAAAAAGUUUUUCUCUUUGGGCCCAAUUUUAAAAAUUGCUCUUUGGAUGCAUACACUGGUGGAUCACUAAAAUAAAUUACUUACAGUAGCCUUACCUACAAAUAGCUCAUUUUGAUUUUGAGACAGCAACACCACCCUGCCCUCACAUUUCAGUGUAAGCUAGUAGAUUUCAUUCCCUAGCUAUCUGGAAGUGCUUUUAAACUUUAAAAUGUUUUAGGUGUAUGCUGUAAAACCCGUAUUAUUUUUUGGACCUGUUUUAGGCUGACAUCAAAGAUAACGUGUCGAAACCUUAGUUUGCAGUAACUUUUAUGAAUGGGCUGUUGGUCACUGAACUUUUAGACCCGCAUGCAAAGACCCAGAAAGACUAAACAGCGAUUUGUUUUUAUCCCAUUUUAACCGGGGUCAGACGAAAGUGAACAAGCUAUAAUUUGUCCAUCGUAGGAGCGUAGGAACUGUGUCUGAAAUAUUUCUAAGACCUCUAACAAGUUUGGAAAUUUACACAGUCAGCAAACAGCUAUGCUUACUCCUUCAAGUAAAUUGUCAGUUAUAAUCAAUGUUAUGAAAAAUAUUCUAUUCUUGACAUAAAAUUUCGUUCACUGUUUAUUGCUGUAGGGUUUUAUCCAGUGCCUAAAAAUGGACCUAAACACACGCUCUUUGAUGAAACUUCAGUUGGCUUUAAAAUACCUUAAAAACCCAAAACACUCAGAUGUGUUUCAGAUAAAUGGAUCUCUUAAAAACAGAUCAGUGUUGGUCAAAUCCUACUGCUGUUAUUGUCCUUCUUUCUGUUUUUCGCACAGUUGAUAAUACCACUGAUAUGGAGAACUGUGUUGUAUUGUUAGAGCUCCUUUUCAUUCAUGAAAUGCUUGUUUGUAAACCGAAAUGUACGAAGGGCAAUGGUUUGGAGAACAACUGUCUUUGUGAUGUUGAUAUUUGUGAUUCUUGCAGACUGGCUCAGGUGGGAUGUAUACUCGUGAUCUAUGCUAUGCUGCUCUCUGUAUGGUGUAUGUGUGUGUGUGCAUGCAGGUGUAUGUGUGCAGUGCAGUUGACCAUGUGUACAGAGAUUUAUUGUACAUAGCCUUGUCUACUGUGUAAUACCCACAGACAUGGGGUUUUUCUCAGCCUUUCGUCUGACACUUCAUGUUUACCAUGAUAUGUCAGUGUGUCUACAAAUGUGAUUUCAAAUUGUACAUGUACUAGCAUCAAUUUUUAUGUUGUCAACCGAAAAGUUAUUUUUUAAAGUUGCUUAUAGAAAAGUUUUUGUCUUUCUAAAGAAAGUGAAAUAUUUACAGCAGUAUCUGUUUGUUGUUUGGUCAGGGUAAAAAAGUGUUGGGAUAAUACCACUCACCCUGUUGGAGUAAAUCCUGGCUUGUUUGCAGUAAGUGGAUGCUGCUGUAUGUGAUUACAGUGAUGUCAUUUUGGCCUGGGUCUGUCUGACUUAUGCUUAAGUGAAACUCAGCAACCAGAACUUUUGUAAGGCUAGGAUGGGCAUUUUUUAAUAUGUCAGCUCAAGUCGAGGUAAAAUUGUGGAAAAUUCUAAAAAAGUGUUUUUAGAUUUAUUUAUUUUUUCGAUUUUUACUCCUGAGAACUAUGAAGUUCUUAGAACUAUGAAGUAGCACUUCAUCUGAAAUCUUAACUCUGUGAAGACCUGUACAUUAAAUGAAAGCAAAGCAACAUUAAUGAAGAAAAGCUGACAAGUGUAUGCACUGUGGUUGAUGCAUGUCAGUGCAGUGGGCCCUCCCAAUGUUAGGGACAUGGCAGCUGCAAAUUGUCUUUUACAAGCGUGCGAUAUGUCUCUCUCAGUCACACCUGCUAAAUUGUAGGGAAUGGGCUUAUCAGUUAUAAUGUAAGUGAUGUAGGUGAAAUGAAAUGGAUUUUGUAAGUACUGGGUAAAAUCAAAUACAUAUUUUAUUUAAGGGAACUUCUAUUUUAUAUUCAGGGGGGGUAGAAUUGUUGGGUAAUUAGUAUGUGAUCUUUAAUCAUGAGGAUUUUGAUAUCUCUUCUGCUGUAUGUGGAACUCUCUCGCUGUCAUACUGUGUGGGGCCUGGUGAUAAUUAUUCAAAAUGUUGAAUGACCCAACGUUCAGUGUUUUUUUAAGAGAUCAUUUUACCCUUUCUGUAAACCAUGGUAUGAAUCAAAUUUGCACAUGGUUUCUUUUCAUUAGCCUAGAGAUACCGGCUUAGUUAUUCUAUAGGAAUAUCUAAUUUUAAAGGGGUUUUUUUAUUGAUCGAAGGGGGUUUUCAUGGCUUUUAAAAAUUGGUUCCAUCACAGAUGUAGAUCCAGCCUCGUAAAUGUUCAUCUAAUUUCAAAAAGUAUUUAUGUAAUUCUCAAGAAUAGUGAAUGUGAAAAAGCAGGCCUGGGGAUAGAGAAAACACUAGAAAAGGCAACAAAAGUAAAAAAUGACAGGAUAUAUUUCCACCUGGAAGUAAUAGGGUCAAUACCUGAAAGUAUCAUUCUUCACUCUCGACAUGUUGCUCAGAUUAUGUGUAAGUAAAGAUGAACAUUGUUCGUCUUUCUCUCUUGUAUAAAUCAUUUUUCUUUUGGUGACAUUUGCAAGAAUGUUAACUGAAAUCAUUUCCCAGAAAUGUCAUAUAUAAAGAGAGAGAGAGGAAUAUGUUAGAAUUCAAGAAGCUUGAUCUCAAUGUGCUAUUUUUUUAUGUCUAGUUGCGACAACAUCCUAAUGCCUCUCAUAAGUAACAAUUAGCCCUUGACUUCCAUUCUAAGUUAUCAUCAAACGUUAUACCCAAGAAGACUGCAAACUUUUCAUUUAAUUUGUGUCUCUUUUUUUUUUAUCUCAUUGUCUAUGAUUAUUCUGCUUCACUAAAAAGUAUGUAAUAGACGCAGACGCAUCUUUACAAUAUGAGUAUGUCAGGUUCUUAAAUCAUUUACUCCUAAUCUUCGUUUUUAAAAUUGUUUGUGUUUUGUAACUGAAUUUCAAAUCAACUGUUUGAAAGCUGGUAGCUGAGCAUGAGAAUUUUGUCUUACUAAAGCAGGAUCAGUUCAAGUUAAACGCUUUUAUCAAAACUCAUAGGUACUUUGUUGAGCUUCUAUGGAUAAAUAUAUGUGAGCAUGCCUGGUGAAAGGGACCACAUGACGCAUCUUGAAGAAUCCCGGGGGUUUUUUUUGCAUUUUCAUGUACAGAGAUCAUUUCUAACAAUAUGCUUUUGAAUUUUAAAGAUACCUUCAUUAGUUUUUGAGAUUGGGUGAUUUUGUAGGGCAGGGUACAGACACAAAGUUUUGAGAAAAACGGCUUUAAAGUUUCCCCUUUGUUUCUGCUUCAAAUAGAUAGAUCUACGCUUCAAGACGACCUGAGAAAACAUUCGCUACUCACAAACCAACUUUAAAAAGCAUUUAAGAUAAAGGAAUAGCUUCAAAGUGUUUGUAUUACGUCUUCAAAACAAAUUCACCACCACCUUGGGCAAGAGCUUUCAAGAAAUAGAUCUAGGUUUGCGUAGGGCCGAAAAAUGCGAUACAAGUUUACUCUCCAAAAAGGCGAAAAGGUAUGGAUGCGCAAAGCUUAGCUUUGUUUACAUGUUCUAGAUAUUCAUGCGCACUACCCGCCACUAGAUAGGAGAGAAUUACCUAAAUUUUGGUAUGCAAUGUGAUUGGGUCGACUUUAUGAAUGGACAAGAGAAACCAUCCACAGUGUGUACUUGGAAAACUAAUUUUCUCUCGUUUUUGGGGGAUUAUGCAAUUUACGUCGUGUUAAAAAUGUAUUUUACACUGCAAUAAACUCAAGUCUUUGUAAAUAUCAAUAUAAUAAUGGUUAAAGAAUCCAUUUUUAAUGGAACUUACUUUUCGUCCAAAAUUAUAUUUUUGACCUUUGAAGCCUGAUAUCUCGGUUCAAGCAAAUGCGUCUUGUGGUCCCUUUCACCAGGCACAUGCACAUAUUAACUCUUUAGGUUUAUGGUAUUGGAAUGAAGGCUUAAAUUCUAAAAAUAUACCAUUCAUUUUCAGUUUUUGUGUAUCAUCUAGUUUUUUUCUCUUGCUUUCCAUGUGUUAUGUACGGGUUGUAGUGAUCAUGUGAUCCCAGCGCUGGCUGUCUUGAUCAAUCUUUUUCAGGCCGUCAUUAUGAACUUUUUUGAUAGAUACAUUGUUUAUGUUCUUUGGUAAAUCCCCGCUUUACUUUGUGUUUAGGAAAACGUUUCAUAAACCCAUCUAUUUUUGCUUCAGGGUAGUCUAAAAAAAUAUUUUUUCUUUGUGUCUAUUCCAACUCUUCGACAAAUGACAUUCAAAUGACUGAAAGAAUUUUCUGAUAUAAUAAUAUGUGUUUUCAAGACGGGCAAAAUGCAUGUCCUAAGGUACUGGCCAUUGGAUUUUUUUAAAUUGUUUUUUGAAAUGCCAGUCCUAGACUUUGAUCCUUUCUUGUUUUUACGUGCAAAGUGUCAAGACGUAUUUUAAUCUGAAUGUGUUCUUUCUGUAUAAAAAAACAACAACAAUGUAUUAACUCUUUUUCGUUUUCUUCAUGUGGAAUUUGGUUGAAUUUGUUCUUUAUUGUUGAAUUUUUCUUAUUGCAACAACAGAUAUAGGGGCCUAUAUUUUAUAUCAUGAUCAUGUGCUUCAACACCACAUGGUUUAACUUUAAGAUCUAUUUUAGUAUAAUAAUUUCACUUGCUCAGAAGUAUAAUGAAGAACUAUGUUUAAAAAAUCAUGGAUAGUUCAUUAUAACUGUUUCCAUUGUUUGGAUUAUUUCUACUUUUUUCAAACUCAAGGAGGAUUGGAGAAAAUGUUCCAGUGAUCUUGUUCUGGUUCCAUGGUUUAUCUUUGGAAUGAAGGUUGAUCUUCCCAGAGCAGACUUGCUACCUCUGUGCUAUAGGCUCUCUUAUUGUUAGUUAUUAGCUCUCGUUACCCACAGACCUGCCGCUUGAGGAAAAACCUGUUAAACAAAUGUGUCGCAAAACAACAAAAUAAGUCACUUGUUUCUAUGUAUCGAGCAAAACCUCAAAUUUCUCAAAUCUGUGCUUGUCCUUUUCCGCAACUUUAAGUGAGAAUAACUCUGGUACCAAGGCAAUGAGACUGAAAUUAUUUUCAUCUUCUUGUAAGGCCAGAUCAGGCCUUUAAUUCUUUAACCAUAGUGUCGUACAUUGACAGCAAUGUAUUGUCACAAUACAACAUCGGACUCACAUUAUGGUGUUGCAACUCAAAUGCUAUUGAACUGAGUUUGCUUGAAUUCUCUGUUGGUGUCACUCCUACAUUCGUUGACUAUCUAGAAUACAAUUUAAGCAUAAUUGUUACUCCAUGCAACAUUGUUUAACUCCUUUCUAUUGAGCUCCUGUUUUAUCACAAAACUUUUUACUGGUAAUAAGAAGUACAUUCAUGUUUUGGUCCCUUUGCUGUACUGAAGGGUGUGUUCUUCUAUCUUGUUUCUAGUUCUUGCUAUUGCUUAUGUUCUUUCCUGGCUACAUUGUUGUUUGCUUGUCAAGAACUGAACUUUUUCUCUGUUCUCCAAAUGUGUUGACUCUCUUCCAGAGAUGACUAUGUUAAUGUAAUAAAGCCUUAGUCUACUUUGUCUUUAAAUUGGUUGCUCUCAGAGAUUGAAGAUAAACCCUUGGUGUCUUUGUAAUAAAUAUUUUAUGCCCCCCCCCCCCCCCCCACAACUUAAAUCAUUUUGGAGGUAGGCAGCGUCGACCUUGCCUGUUGGGAGCGACCAAGUCUUUCGUAGACGAAUAGGCCCUACACUCCAGUAGAAAGACGGAGUGAUGGUGCUCGAUAAACUAUUUUCCCCUAUGAGGAAUCAAACUUGUGUCUUCUCCAUAUAUAAAUAUAUAAGAUUAAGUACCUGACCAUUACCCCAUUGUGGAGGGAACAGUUGCAUGCCUGUCGACUGUGUGGUUGUUUGUGUGUGUGUGUGUGAGAGAGAGACUCUCCCUUUCCUUCCCCCCCCCUCCCCCGCUGACCUCAUGCAGCUCAUUCCCACUCCGUAAUCCUUUGUUUGAACGCAGCCACUUGUCACGUGAAUGUCUUUCAAUUGAUAUCCUUUGACCGUGAAAAGCUUUGCAUGCUUUAGACCCUGAAGCACAAACUUUGUUGUACAUUGCAUGAGAGUCUUUGAGUGUACAGACUGGAUUCUGAUAGCAACAUUUUUAUGAAGUAAAUUGUUAAAGUUCACUUUGUCUAUUGAUCUCAACAAAAAACAGGUGCUCGUGGGCUCAGUACAUACGCAAACCGUUUGUCUUGUGGUAACACACUUGCUGUCUUCAGUUUGGCCUGAGGUGUUGGUCUCUGGAAAUGUAUCUCUGCUGAAAUUUUUGUGACUGGUGAACAUUUCUUGGUUCGUGAGGAUUCUUUUCUUCUUUUUUAAUCUGAUAAUUUAUAGAUUUGAGGAGAGUUUUGGGAAGGAUAUGAAUUCUAAUGGAAUAGUUGAUGGCCAGAAAAAAAAAAGUGUUUUGUUUCAUCUGUGAACUGUUAUCAGGAUUUGUUUUAGGGGCCUCACUAUGGUAUUCCUGUCCUAAUUUAUGCUGGCCUGCUAUGUGGGAUGUUAUUUCUAGAAUUUCCACAACAACCCAUUCAGCUUUUAUUUCUUUGGGUGGGUAAUUAAUUUUAUUUCAGCUGAUAACUAAUCUUGCACAUUCCAGGCUGUACGUAAAAUGAAAGAGAAUGGUUUAGAUUCUUCGUUUUCUUUUCUUUUUUUUUUCUUUCUUUUUUUUACAACAAAACCGUGAGAAUUAACUACAGUGAAAUACAGGUAGUACUAUUGGCUGUCAAGUUUACUGUUUCUUUGAUUUGUAGAAGAAAGGAUUGAUGGGCAAAUGAACUAGUUCCUUACUACAUUUUGACACAAGACUCCUGAUUACUGAUUAGUUUUUGUGCACUGAUUGUGUUUCUCGUGUUUGUCCAUACUAUAUUGCUAUCUGAGAAUUGCAGCAAGGUGGCGGAUGGUUGGAGUGUGCCUCUAGUGGCGUCUGCUUCUUUACGCUACCGCUUGUUGUUUCUGUCUGUCUACCUUGCUUUUUUUCCCAGCACAAAAUGACCGCCAUCAUGCUGCUAUGCUUCCCUUUACUCAAGCUUAACAAAAGUAAGGAUACUGUAUACUGCGCUUUUUUCGCUUGCUACUCGAAUUCGUAAUUUUGCAUUGGAACCCAAAUACAUACAUGACACUAGACGUAGCAAAUCGCGAAUUCAGAAUGUUUUCGAAAAAAAGAAAUGAAUAAAAUGAGGGAAAAAAGAGCAUGCAAAAAAAAAAAAAAAACCCACCCUGGUGCACAGUUAUUUUGUGGAAAUGUGCAUGGGGAGCGUUGUUCUGUUGGUGUUCUCUGCAGACCCCCUCCCAGGGUCAAGGGUCAGGGUAUGGGAGGACAGGAUUGUGUUCCAUGGAUGGCUCUCACUGAGCUCAUGUCAACUGGCAUUUACUCAUUCCUUUCGCUGUGUUCAUUUUUCCACAUCUGCCUCAAUUGUUUGUCAUGAAAAGUGGUGGACUGUUUCUGUGACAGUCAGCUCUUAAAAUCAGCAGCUUGUCACUUUUCCACUUUUGAAUUAAAAUUAUGUUCUAAGCAAUUUUCUUUUACAUUGAGGAGGGGGGGGGGGGGGGGGUCAUUAUGUAUUGUAUUAGGUGACUAUAUAUGGAAAAUUGUCAGUGUUCACAUUUCAAUUUAUGUUUUGAUGUGGACAGUCCUCUUUUAGAAGUUUGUUAGUUAUUGAUAUGUUUCUUUCUAUGGAGUCGUUUGUCUUUUAAGUAAAAGUUCCUGCCUGUUGUCGGCCUCUCAUUAAAACAUUUUUAAAAAUUGUUUAAUGUAGGUGUUUUGUGCCCCCUUUGACACAGUUUAGAUCAUUCAGGAGGUGGGCUUCCAACUCUGCCUGUCAGGGCCACUGUCACAGCAGAAAGACUGAGAUACUCGAUAAAGAUUCUCCUCACUCAUAAAUGGAACUCGGGGUCUCCUGCAUGGGACAGCGAAGCACCUAACCACUACACCACAGACUCCGGUGUAGACUUCUCUGGAGGUGUAUCAACCAACCUUUUAGACUUGGUGCUGGUGGGGGGUUUUUUCUUUUUACUAGGCUCCUACCUUAUUGCUGUGAAACUAAAAGGCACUAUUAUGUAGAGUGAUGCUCAAUCAAGAACAGAUACAUUUCAGUAACUUUUAAGGAAGAGUCCUCGCUAUUGUAGUGUACUUAAUUGCUUUGGCUUUUUGUACGCUCCUUGUACUGGGUAAAGUUCAAAUCAAAUUAGGUGAACAUUUCCACCAUGACAUGAAGAAAUUGAAGAAAUUUUGAUAUCCUCAGAAACGAAGCAUUUUGUCAGUCCAGCCAUUGCAUUAUUAUUAUUGAGAGACAAUUUGGCAUAGAUCUCCAUAAUCUUUGAAAUGGUUCAAAAAGCCAUUUUCAGGCUUUCUUGACUUUGGGGUCGUUUCUUUUUUAUUGAUUAUCUUUAAAAAGAACAAUAAGACAUAUUUGAAAAGAUACAGUUUGGGAGGUUUUAGGUAAGCUGUGUCGUCAUCUCUUUUAAACAUCUGGGGUGACAAGUAAUAAAGUGGAACGGGAUCACUGGCUCUUUGAAAGUAAAGAAAGACAUGAUUGAAGUUGUUUUUAUGCAAUUAGUUUGCAGUUCCCUCAAUGAAUGUAUGCUCAACCUUUUGUAUAGCAUAGAGAAUGGUGUGAACAUAUUUCACGACAUUUUUGUAGCUAUCUGGAUGGAUGUCUACCUUUAGGGUAGUGUCUUACAAGUUUUUAUCACAUUUGCUUUACUUUUUGUUCUAGUUUUUAUGUGAAGACAAAAAGUUUUUCUGAAAUGUAUCAUAGAACCUUUCGUAUAUAUAUUGAUGUUAAGGAAUGUUGAUACUGACAGAAGCCGAGCUCUUUGUCUGAUUCUUGCUCGUUACAGGUGUGAUGUAUAAAAGACAGUUGAAAUGAAAUGACCCAUAAUCAAUUGUAGAUUGUUGAGAGUUCUGAAGUUCUCUCCCAUCUCCCGGACUGUUGUACUGACAAGCAACUCAAGAGCUGUGGUCCUUUGGCUUCAGUGUGCGCGUACAAUGCUUUGUGCUGGGGCUGUUGGCAGAUGGAUGAAACAUCUUUAAACUGUUGUAACCUAAUGAAUGUGAACUUUCAAGUUAUGUAUAUAAUAUAUAUACAUACUAUACAUAUAUAUAUAUAUAUAUAUAUAAACAUAUGAAAUAUAAAUAAAUAGAGAUAUCCAUAAGAUUGUACCAGAUGAUAAAUAUAUAAGUGAUGAUAUCAUGUACAUUUACAUGUUUGUUAACUUAAGUAUUGUUUUCACUUGUGUAAAGAAUUUUAACAAAAAUCCAUUUCAAUAUAAAGCACUAUGUGUUGAAUAAAAUGACUUCUGUUUCUU